AUGGCAACGAAAAAGGCGUGCGUGGAUGCGCCCAAAAGGAGCCGGAGUCCGGUGGUUCUGGAGGCGGAGAUGUUCGGGGAAUUUCAGGACUGGUGUCUCCGGACUUAUGGAGACUCCGGGAAAACAAAGACGGUCACCCGGAGGAAAUACAACAAGAUCAUGCAGACUCUGUUGCAGAGCGACGAGUCGGACGGCGUGUACAUGGACAACAUCAACGCCAAAUUCAAAUUCUGGGUAAAGUCCAAAGGCUUCACGGUCGGAACCAACGUGUUGGGGGGGGAGAAGAAGAAAGGAGCCCCGGGGAAACCCGUGCUGUACGUCCCGGUCAAGACAACGUGCUCAGAUGGGAAUUCAGCCCAGGACAACUCCUCCCUGAAACGUGUAGCCGUGGUGGAGGACUUCUUCGACAUCAUCUAUGCGAUGCACGUGGAGAUGGGCGCUGAUCCUGGACGAGCCCCAAAGCACGCCGGGCAGAAGAAGACGUACAAAGCUAUCGCGGAGACAUACGCCUUCCUGCCCCGAGAGGCGGUGACUCGCUUCCUAAUGAGCUGUGGAGAGUGUCAGAAGAGGAUGCACAUCAACCCCAGCACGGCCGAGUUCAAAGAGAACGACAGGCCCACCUCUCUGGUCCCGGACCUGAUCGACUACAACAUGCCGCUCACUGCCACCUACCUGAAGCAGAUGAAGCUGCAGUGCAUGACGCCCACCGAGAGGGAUGACAGUUCUGUGAGCAGCGAGGACAUGAUGAACGGCGUUGAGUCCACAUGGAUUGCCUCUGAACCGCCGGCAGUGCCUGAACCAAGCCCGACUAACGGAGAGAGAGUCAGCAACCAACCGUCCGCCGUUAAAGAAGAGGACGACGAUGAGUCCUCUGAGAGCGGCAGUGCCCCCGGGCUGCCCCCCCCCGAGGGUCCGCACCCCCCCCAAGAUGGAGGGGAGGUGACGGAGAACGGGCUGAAUGCCCCUCUGGACUUCAGCACCUCCUCGCCCUCCUCCUCCUCUGAGGACCAGCAGCCGGUCAACCUGAGCGACAGACUGCUUCCGGCAGGAGGGUCGCCAACAAACAACAGGAAGUUCCCUGUCAAAACAGAGUACAACAACAACAACAAGUCCCCGCCUUACAGCUCAGGAAGUUAUGACUCUGUGAGUAUGAGCGCAGAGGAUCUGACCUCCGGUAGGGCGAUGAUGAUCGACGAAGACGACGACGAUCACGACGAACACGACGACAGUGACAAGAUCAACGACGCCGAGGGGAGCGACCCCGAGAGACUGAAGGCCUUCAACAUGUUUGUGCGUCUGUUUGUGGAUGAGAACCUGGACCGCAUGGUGCCCAUCUCCAAACAGCCCAAGGAGAAGAUCCAGGCCAUCCUGGAGUCGUGCGGCCGGCAGUUCCCCGAGUUCGAGGGGCGAUCCCGCAAACGCAUCCGCACCUACCUCAAGUCCUGCCGGCGCCUGAAGAAGAGCGGCUUCGAGAUCCGACCGACCCCCCCUCACCUCACCUCGGCGACGGCGGAGAACAUCCUCGCCACCGCCUGCGACAACGAAACCAGAAACGCUGCCAAGAGGAUGCGUCUGGACUCUUACCCCGCGGAUGAACCGUCCUCCGGGGAGAAGUCGAGCUCCAGAGACCCCGCCUCUCUGACUCCGUCUGGUUUCAGCAUCUCCAGCGCCGCCUUCGCCCAGGAGCAGCUGUUGACCAACGGAGGUCUGAACUUCAACCUGCGGUACGGGGGGGUGCCGCCCAGCGCCGGGAACACGCAGACCAACGGUCCCACCGAUCUCAGCAUGAAGUCCAUCGUGGCCCCCCCCUCCUCCUCCUCCUCCAGCAGCCAGGGUCAGGGGGGCGGUGGGGGGGGCGCCUCAGCUCAGCUCAGCCUCCCGGAGGUCACGGCGGUGCGUCAGCUGAUCGCCGGGUACCGAGAUUCCGCUGCCUUCCUGCUGCGCUCCGCCGACGAGCUGGAGAACCUGAUCCUGCAGCAGAACUGAUCCCAGACCCCUCAGAGACUCAAAAGACCCCCCCUUUCUUUAUGCAUCUGGCUCACUCUGACCUUAGUGCCCUGUUUAUCUGUAGCCAUUCAUCCCAAGCUCACACUCUCAAAAACCCUCCAUUCGUCUCAGGAAGCGACGUGAAAGACCUGCAGAAACUUCAAAUCAGCUGUGAUUGUGACGGCUCGUUUUAAUGCAGGAGUUUGGACAAAUUAGUAGCAGUGAUUUAGCGUCAUUAGCUCGUUUCUACUUUUACACAGCCGUGGUCUGAAUCGAGGAUUUCUAGGUAGAGUUCAUUCUCCAAAUUCGGAGCGUUUUGCAGACGAUUCGCUGCUAAAUCCACCGAUGUGUCGACCUCAACGGCUGCGGAAAAUUGUGCAAACUUCACACAAAAAGAGUCGAGAGCGGUCGAUGAAAAUAGUCAGACAUUUUUUACAUAUUCAAACCGUCAAAGCUAUACCUCGACAAGUGUUUCCAGAUGUUUAGACAUGAGAGGAACAGACUCAUUACCCGACUUUCUUUCUGUUAUUUUAUUACAAAUAUUUCUAUCAUGGGCAAUUUCUCAUUAGUCACAAAGGAAAAAGGAGCCCAGGUAUGCAAACUUGAGGUCGCAGACACUUGGCAGGGAAAGAAAAGGAGAUGAAUAUAUUGUUUAAACGGAAACGAGAGGAAAACGGUGUGCAAUAUUUAAAGAGAUAAUCAGUAAUGGUGUGCUUACUGAGAAGCGUUUUUAAAAAAGGUAUUUCGCCAACAAUCUCCUCCCGUACAGAUGUAGUAAAAAUGAAGUGAUAUCCCGUUCAGCAUUGUAGCCGAAUUCAAUGUUGUCGUUAGUCGUGAUCUUUCUCGCUAACUGGGAUCAUCCGUCAAAAUGGGACCUGGCAGAAAAACGAGACUCGAUGUUGCACGUCUUGUUUUUUAUUUUAGUGUGAAGGAAAUCGUCCUGUGAGUGUUUUUUAAGGUUGAAAAAGGAGCACAUUUGAGCAUCGCAGUAAUGUGUGUGUGUGUGUGUGUGUGUGUGUGUGUGUGUGUGUGUGUGUGUGGUGUGUGUGUGUGUGUGUGUGCUCACUCUCUGACCUCAGCUGUGUCUAACCCUCGUUCUCAUUACAUCACGUCUGAAAAGAAGCAAGAGACAAUCUUAGAAAAUCACAGUUUACUCUCUCAGCUUUCUGCUAGUGUGUGCGUGCGUGUGUGUGUGUGUGUGUGUGUGUGUGUGUGUGUGUGUGUGUGUGUGUGUGUGUGUGUGUGUGUGUGUGUGUGUGUGUGUGUGUGUGUGUGUGUGUGUGUGUGUGUGUGUGUGUGUAUAUCUAGAGCACAGUCUCACAACAGACACUUUUAACGGUGAGUCACUCGGCACAAAAAGUGUUUUUUAUUCCCUUUUUUCUUUGUUUUUUUGGUGGUUCUCGUGUAAGCUGUUGUGUGUUUGUGUGAAAAGUGUUUGUCCGACAUCAAUCUGUGAUUCAAAGGCUGAACACAUUCCAACAAGGACAAACGAGGCUCGCUCCUUGUUGAUUUGUCAAAGUUUAGAGAGAUAUAUUUCUGUAUUUAUCACAAAUCUUAUCAAAUCUAUCAGUUAUUUAUGGAGAAUCAGUCCUUAGAGCUGGAGCUAAAUUAUCAUGUUUACUUGACUUAUAUUCCCAUGUCAUGAUUGGGCUUGCAUUACAUUUGAAAUGAAUUUAUCUUCUGCAAGUUUGGAAGCACUUUAUGGCUCAGGAUUACGGAAACACAGAGAUUUGAGUGUGUUUUACCUCGUUUGGAGUUUAUGUCAGCUUCAGUUCAAACAGAUCCAGAACUGGUUAGAACAACAGCAGCUCUGAAUCUGCGUGUUUAUGAAACUAAUGGAGCUCAUUACAGACGGGUUUGGAAAGCAGGAGCAGGAUGCAUUCUGUUUCAUGAAGUCUGAUUUGUUUCAUGUUUGCAGCCAGAACGCACUUUCAAUUCAUUUCAUUACAUGUUAGACGCUUUUAUCCAAAGCGACUCACAUACAUUCAGUCCUGUGGACAAUCCAAGCAAUUUGGGGUGAAGUGGACACAACGACAUGCUGACUGCAGUGGGACUCGAUCUUGCUACCCCCUGAUUCGAAGUCCAGCACACUAUCCACUGAGCCACAGCCGCCCAUUCAUGUUAAACAUGACAGCAAAAUCACUGCAAUAAACAGUGUACAAGCUUUCUUUUCGCUGCAUGUUCUAGGUCAACUAUCCUCAUCAUGUCCAGGUCAAUCUUUUGGUAGGAAGACAUUGAGAUAAUAAGCAUUUUUAGGAACAUAAAGCCCUAAAAUCUUUGUGAUGAAAUGAAUCAAAUGACACCUGAAAGCUGCAGAGAAACACUAAGGAGUCUUUAUUCCAGAGCCAUUACAUUGUGCAACCAACAUUCACUACAUCACGAGAAGUUAAAGCACAAGCGAUGAAGUUAUCAGGUGGAUGAUUGGAUUUGGGCUGCUCAAUUAUUUUAAUCGCAAUUACGAUUAUGGCUUGCAACGAUUACGAAAACAACGUAAUCGAAAUAAAACGAUUAUUUUUUUAUUAUUACUUU